CAUUUCCCGGCGUGCCCCGCGGGCCAGGCGCGCUGCGGGCUCGGCGCGAUGGCGGCGCCGGUGCAGGGGCACCGAGCGCGGUACAAGAGCCCGGGCGGGCCGCCCUGGAGGGAGACGUACCGCAGGCGCUGCAUGGAGCGGCUGAGGAGCAGCCGGGCCAAGCUGCUGGAUCGCUACCGCCAGGCCGGGGAUGGGGCGAGCAGAGCGGCCCCGGGAGCGCUGCUGGUGCAGGAGGUGAUGGAGCAGGAGUGGCAGGAGCUGCGGGACAGGCUGCCCGGCCUCGGCGGAGAGCAGCCCAUGGAGCAGGUGCUGGAGGACCCUGAUGAGCUGGCAGUGCUGGAAGAGAUCCAACAAGAACUGAUCUUGCAAGAGCAGUUGGUGAUUGAGGAGUACGAGCGGAGCCUGCGCUUCGAUGAGGAAUGUCUCAACGCCAUGCUGGACGGCCUGGAUGCCUCUGACAGGGUCAUCUGCCCUGUAUGUAGGAAGAAUAACCUGACUGUGAAGGCUCACUUGGUUUGUUGCCAGUGUGGAUUGUACAUCAGCACACAGGAUAUGACAGAGGGAAAGCUUCGGUCCCUGCUGGAAAGCACCUUGACAGAGCACAGUCAGAGGUGCCUGCACAGCCCCGAGUUCACAGUCACCAGUGGCAUGGAGGAGGAAGCCAGUCUGCUGAUGAGCUGCCCUGUCUGUGACUCCUGGAUGAUUCUCCUCUAACAUGAUUGAGCUGCUGCUUUACUUCUGGAAGACUUCAAUACUAAACUUCACCCAGAGCUGCUAGGACUCUUUUGUACAUAUUUCUAACUGCUGUGUCAAAAAGACACUCCAAAAGGCACAGUAUUGCCUUGACCUGCACUUUUAACCACACAGGACAUGUUUUGAAAUAAAUAUAUUUAGUUUA